AUGGAAUCUUUGACAUAUAAUGAAAAGGCGGCGUUGUACAACAUUGAAAAAGCAAAGGAGGCAAUUGUUGGUCGAGAUCUUAUAGCUACAGACAAAUAUUUAAGAGAAGUAUUAGAUUUAAUUACUGUGCAUAAAAAAAAUGUAUCGCGUAAUAAAAAAAACAAUACUGAAUCGAUAGACAGAGAUACAGAAGAAAAUGAACAAUACAAAAGACGUAAAGUAAAUAAUGUUUUAGAGAGAGCAAUACAAACCGAAGCGUUUAAAUUUAUAAAAGAUGCGGAACAGGCAUUUUUUAAUUAUAACUUCGAUGAGGCAGAAAAAUUGCUUUUCAUAUCUAAACGCAUAAGCCCUGACGAGUACGUCGAGGAAAUGUUAGCUUUAAUAGAAAACGCAAAACGUGAAAGCAUACCAAAGGAAAGAAUUGAAAAUUUAAGAAAAACAUUCUUUAAACAACGUAAUGCUGAACAAGAUAAGGAAUUAAAUAAUUUUGAUUUUGCGAAAACGUUUAAAAUAUACAACGGUUUUGAUAAGGCUGAGGAACUAUUAAAAGCAAUAGAGAAUUUGUACACCGAAGAAAAAGCUAAAGAGUUUUUUAGACAAAUCCAAAUAGCUACUGAAAAUCAAAGACCUUCAAAUUAUAACUACUGUGGUAACAAGAGUUCUAUACACGAAAACAUCAAAGUUGAGGCAUACAAAUGUCUGUUAAAAGCAAAAGAAGAUUAUCGGGAAGGAAGUUUCGAGACAGCUGAACAGUUAUCGAAAAAAUCAGAUCGCAUGUAUCCUAUUGACGACGCAAAGGCAUUACUGAACGACAUCAGAAUAAACCUUGAUGAAUAUGAAGAAGAACACUUUAAUAAUGAAUAUGAAGAUGAAGAAUAUGAAGAUGAAGAAUAUAAAGAUGAAGAAUAUGAAAAUGAAGAAUACGAGGAUGUAGAAUAUGAAGAUGAAGAAUAUAAAGAUGAAGAAUAUAAAGAUGAAGAAUAUAAAGAUGAAGAAUAUGAAAAUGAAGAAUAUGAAGAUGAUGAAUAUGAAGAUGAAUAUAAAGAUGAAGAAUAUGAAAAUGAAGAAAUUGAAGAUGAAGAAUAUGAAAAUGAAGAAUAUGAAGAUGAAGAAUAUGAAAAUGAAGAAUAUGAAGAUAAAGAAUAUGAAGAUGAAGAAUCAAGAGGCACUUGA